AUGACAAGUGGAUCUCAUCGCUUGAAUGUCGUGACUACUGGUGGACAAAAUAUUCAGAGUUCUAAUGCUCCAGGUGGAGCAUGGCGUCUUGUUUUGCUAUGCAGUAUAACUGGCGGUACAGCCCCUGCGCAAUGGGAAGACAUCACUGGAGCCACACCUUUAUCUUGUGUGAAAGAUUGCGUUUCGUUCACCACUACGGUCUCAGCCAGGUAG